AUGGGCACACCUUACCCUCUCUCUUUUUUGUACAUUUUACUUGUCAUUCUCAGUUCUUGCUUGCUGCUGUCUUCAGGGGCUGUGAUGCACAACUCAGGCAGGCUCUGGAGACGUGAAGUGUCCCAGUAUCCUCCACCAGGGGGCAUCGUUGACCUCAAAGGAGCCCUUGUUCCCUGGAGCCUCCGCAUCCCAUCCACUACCUUGCGUGACUGGAUGCUCAAGUGGAUGUCCUCAGAUGUCACCACCCCGUGGGCUGAGGACAAUGAAGAUGAAGGGCAAAACAGGAAGUCCCGCCUGUGGGGCCCAGCAAGACAGGAAUCUCCGUCUCCUAAGGGCCAGAAGGUGGCGCUGUACCAGGCCAGCUGGGUCCCAGGUUGGGUAGGGAAGCGAAGUAUUGUGCUAGCGGAUGAUGCCGCCUUCAGGGAGAAAAGCAAGAUGCUGAGAACCAUGGAGAGGCAGAAAUGGCUCAACUCCUACAUGCAAAAGCUUUUGGUGGUGGAGUAA